CUCAUUCAAAACAUUAGAGCAAACAAUAAUAUCGUAGAAAAGCUGUUCGCCGGUCGCCAACAGCACAACACUCUGCCACUGACGUUCCUGCCGCCGUCACUGUUUUCGAUAUUUAAAAAAACUAUAAUUCUACUAAAACAAGAUGGCCAUCACCAAAAUUACCAUGAUUAAAUUUUUGGAAGUCGCUCUGACGAUCAUAAUUUUCGUCCUGCAUUACAACAGCUUCCCUGGCGGUGAUGCCACUUCCGUCAUGAUCACUACCGGAACCUACGUUGGUUAUGUGAUUAUAUUGGCUGGUAUUUUCAUUGGACUCUUCACGGGAACACCGAUAAGCUCUCGAUUGGACAUGUUUUUCGUGUUGAUCGGUGCUGCUCUUUACAUCGCGUCUGGAGUAAUGUCGUAUAACUACUACAAUAGCUUUGCAUUGAAAUCGUCCUAUGUCAACACCGGCUUGACCAAAGCUUGGCUGUCCAUCCUUAACGGAAUCGUGUUCGUUGUUGACGCUGCGUUCACCUACCGCGGAGAAUAAAACUAUUUCCACGAGUAUAAUUAUCAUUAAGUUAAUUAUUAUUAAGUUAAUUUUUAUUAUUUAUUUUACUGAACGAAUGUCAUGAUUUUACGAUUUUAUUUCCUCUUACAGUAAAAAUAAUUAUAAUUUAAUUUGUCUACAAUAUGCUAUGUACAUUUUAUUAUUUAUAUCAAUGUGCAACCGAGCAAAUUUGAUUUUAUUCAUCAUUUCAAACUCAUUUCGACUUAUUUUUUAUUUUUGAACUCUGAAAUAGAAGUCAAAGUAAAAACUAUGGUACCCUGUCAUGUUAUUGUAUUCAUUGAUUACAUUGAUUAUAAUAGCAUACCCAUCAAUUCAUAGCAAUAUAAAACUGUAAAUAAUUUAAAA